AUGCGGUCGAUGUUGGUGGUUGUAGACUUCAAAAAGGGUAUUGAUCCGUUUUCAAGGGAUCGUGUGCAUGCUCCUUUAUUACGGUCUAAUGAAAUGCCUUAUGCUGGUUUUGCUGAUGGUGCUGAGCCUUGGUUCAGGAUCGACAAGAUUUUCAUAACUGGAAUUAACGUUUCCGACGAUGUUAAGGAUGCAAAUUAG